CCCUCCCCCAUUUUCAAUUAGCCCCUGAUGGGUGGAGUAAAGCAAUCAGGAGUAAGUACAGCUCAUCUGGAGCCUGCUCCCUCAGUCUGCCACAGACUCCACACAGGCACACACUCCUCUGACAGGAAGGUAAGCGAUCCUGGAUCAAAAUGACAGAACGCUAUGAUUGCCACUACUGCAAGGAGUCCCUGUUUGGGAAGAAGUAUGUUCUGCGAGAGGAGAAUCCAUACUGUGUGAAAUGUUAUGAAAGUCUGUACUCCAACACCUGUGAGGAGUGCAAGAAGCCCAUUGGAUGUAACACCAGGGAUCUAUCCUACAAGGACCGACACUGGCAUGAGGACUGUUUCAAGUGCUUUCAGUGCAAGCGCUCCCUGGUGGACAAGCCCUUCUCUACCAAGGAUGAGCAGCUCCUUUGCACUGAGUGCUACUCCAAUGAGUAUUCCUCCAAGUGCCACGAAUGCAAGAAAACCAUCAUGCCAGGCUCCAGGAAGAUGGAGCACAAGGGGAACAGCUGGCACGAGACCUGCUUCACCUGCCAGCGAUGCCAACAGCCUAUUGGCACCAAGAGCUUCAUCCCCAAGGAAAACCAGAACUUCUGCGUGCCCUGCUAUGAGAAACAGUUUGCCAUGCAUUGUGUGCACUGCAAGAAGCCCAUCACCACUGGCGGGGUGACCUACCGAGACCAGCCCUGGCACAAGGACUGCUUCCUUUGCACGAGCUGCAAGCAGCAGCUGUCUGGGCAGAGGUUUACCUCUAGAGACGACUUUGCCUACUGCCUCAACUGCUUCUGCAACCUUUACGCUAAGAAGUGUGCCUCAUGCACCACCCCUAUUAGCGGUCUUGGAGGCAGCAAGUAUAUUUCCUUUGAGGAGCGCCAGUGGCACAAUGACUGCUUCAACUGUAAGAAGUGCUCCGUGUCCCUGGUUGGCCGUGGCUUUCUCACUGAACGCGACGACAUCCUGUGCCCAGAGUGCGGCAAAGACAUCUAAUUCAGUCUGAGUGAUGACGGUUACAUCCGACAGGAUGACCGUGCUAUGAUCAAGGAAUGAUGCUGACUUGAUAAAGUCUACUCGAGCACAAUGCAUAGCAUCUAUAACAUCUUUACUACACAGCAUUACUACAAAUGUAUAUGAAAUACAAACUACUAACAGUGUCAUUUGAGUUUAGAUGGCUUAUUUAAGUUAAAUCUUCACUCUGAAAAAAGAAAAGUUACUAAUCAAGUAAAUGUAAGCAUGAAUGUGCUGUAAUGUGCUUAUGAAAACAAAAUGUAUUCAAGUAGAUACUGUAUGAAGCAUCCUGAAGAAAAUUACUGCACACUGUCAGCUUUAAAGAAUGAUUAUUACUGCUUUGUGCAUGGACUUGCGUGAUUAUGUAAUUAGAGGUUUUGUGAUAUUUAACCAAUUAAAUAAUAAAAUUGCACAUUUGUUCAUAUAAAUGAAUAAUUAUACAUUUUGCAUGAAACAUGAAUAAUUAUAAAUAAAUAAAUAACUGAAUAUAUUUUGCAUGAAAUAACAUAAUUUCAGUAAUUCAAAAAAAAAAAACAGGGCCAGUCGAGAUGUUUCUAUUGAUAAUUUACACAGAGAAAAGAUGUAGAAACAGCCUCAAUUUUAUGGGAUUUUAUUAUUUUAUUUAAAAAACAAAAAACAAACACUUAUGCAAACAUGGAUUCAAAACAGCUUUCUAUGUGUCUUGAUUAACUCCACAUCAGUGACACUAACUGCAAAGUCAAUUUCU